AAUAGUAAGUUUAUGCUGAUCUGAAUAACUAUGGGCCGGCCUCCUUGUUGCAGCGAGAGUAACGAUUUGAAGAAAGGUCCAUGGACUCCCGAAGAAGACGAGGUUCUCAAAGGUUACAUCCAGAAACAUGGCCAUGAUAGUUGGCGCGCUUUACCCAAACGUGCUGGUUUGAAUAGGUGCGGAAAGAGUUGUAGAUUGAGAUGGAUUAACUAUCUUAAUCCGGAUAUUAAAAGAGGAAAGUUUUCUGAGCAAGAAGAGAAUCUCAUCAUUAACCUCCAUUCCAGUCUUGGAAAUAAGUGGUCCAGAAUUGCUUCACAACUUCCAGGAAGGACAGAUAACGAAAUCAAGAAUUACUGGAACACCCAUAUCCGAAAGAAGUUUCUUAAAGCUGGAAUUGACCCGAAAACACAUAAACCAAUUCCUAAUCUCGGUAUCUUUGUCAAUGCUAUUUCCCAGUUAACCGCUUCGUCAUCUAACUUGCCCUUUAGGGUACCAACCAUUAUGAGCCCAUGGACCACCAUUUAUGAUCAGUUGUUGCAUAACAUAUUGCAAAUUGUAAACAUGAACCCCUUACCAAAUGUCACCAAAUCAACUAUCUUGGAUUCACAGUGUGAUUUCAAGAAACCUGAUGAUCAGCUACUGCUUGACGAAACGAUUAACCAAUAUGUGAUGAAUCCGGCGGAAGAUUGGAUGAAGUAUGUAAGCAAUAUUGUUUUGGAACCACAAAGUGAAUGUAAUUCCAUUGAUGCAAGCUUGAUGGGGAGCUAUGGAGAUAGGAUUGAGCUUUCUGAAACAUUUGCUGAUUGUGGAAACGCGAUCGAUAACUUGUUUAUCGAUAAUCAGCUUCCAGGUUUACUCUCAAUGGCUCCAGGAGAAUCUGUGGACAAGAAUAUCAUAAACAUCAUGAAUUCACCACAAUCUAAAGAAGUUCAUGUUGGUUUGGACGAUUAUUAUGAUUCUAUUUCAAAUGUUUAGUAGUAAUAAAAGUUGUUGAAUGUGUUAAUGAAUUCUUGUAUUAUGGUUUAAUAACGUUUGAGCCGUCUCCAAAAGAUUGUAAUGCUGAAACGUUUGUUGGAGCCAAAUAUUCCAGAAGAUUGUAAUGCAUAAAAUUUGUUAUUUCUAGGAA